GGUAGUCGGUAGGGCUCUGUAAGACGAGAUUUUUGUUUUGUUUUAUUUUUUGUUUUUAUUUUGAUAAUAAUAAUAAUAAUAUGAUGUUUCGGAUUGUGCAAAUCAAUGUCAUCGUCGCUCAGUCGCGGCAUAGAUCAUAACACCAUUCGUUGAGUGCUGGUAUAGUGCGUAUAUGUGCGUGUGUGUUAUUUAGCUGGUUGCACAUCGAAGAAUGUUAAUUAUUUGAUUUCGACCAACUCUGUGGUGUGUGGUAACCGAGUGAAAAUCAGUUGCCGUGAUUAUCAGAAACUAUCUAACCAUAAAAUAGAGUUUCAGAUAACGAAUUAGUCGCUAUAAGAAAAUCAUCAUGUCGGUGCCUAAAUUACCAACUGAUUUCCGGAGGGAUGGCUUAGCUCUGAUCACACGCAUGGUCAGAACAAAAGACUUAGAUGACCUUCAGGGUGAAUCAAGCCCGCCAGGACGAUUUGAUCCACAUCAUCCAACGAAAUUAAAAAAAUGUCUGAACACCAUUGACUUGACAUCUCUAGGUGUCGGUUCUUGUCUGGGAACAGGUAUGUAUGUGGUCACCGGACUGGUUGCUAGGAGGUUUGCUGGCCCUGCAGUUAUCCUUUCGUUUAUUAUAGCCGCUGUAGCAUCACUGUUUUCGGGUGCGUGUUAUGCUGAAUUCGGAGUUCGGGUACCAAACACUUCCGGUUCCGCGUACAUGUACAGUUACGUCACCGUCGGCGAAUUUAUAGCGUUUCUGAUUGGCUGGAACAUGGUGCUUGAAUAUCUCAUAGGAACAUCGGCAUGCGCAUGUGCGCUGAGUGCGAGCUUGGACUCGCUCACUAACGGCGCUAUUAGUGCAUCUGUUCAGAAUUACGUAGGGUUUCUCGGAAAACCAGAUAUCCUGGCCGCGGGCAUUACUCUGUUGAUGAUGGUGCUUCUCGCAGCUGGCGUUAAAAAAAGUUUGAUAUUUAACCAUCUGAUGAACGUCAUCAACUUAGGCGCGUGGGUUUUUCUCAUGGGCGCCGGAUUGUUCUACGUCAAUCUUGAUAAUUGGACCAAGAAUGAUGGGUUUUUGCCGAACGGCUGGGGCGGGGUAUUUAAAGGGGCAGCAACUUGUUUUUACGCUUUUAUUGGAUUUGACAUCAUCGCUACCACUGGUGAAGAAGCUCAUAACCCCAAAAAAUCUAUUCCAUUGGCUAUCAUGGCUAGUUUGGUUAUUAUACUUGUAGCGUAUGUUAGCUCUUCAAUAAUGCUCACACUUAUAGUACCGUAUACAAAAAUCGACGAAAACGCCGCUCUGCUAGACAUGUUUGUGCAGGUAGGUGCGCCUAGAUGUCAGAUGGUUGUUGCCGCGGGAGCGAUGGCCGGUCUAUUAGUGAGCAUGUUCGGUUCCAUGUUUCCGAUGCCCAGAAUCAUUUAUUCAAUGGCCCAAGACGGUUUGUUGUUCAAGUCAUUAAGUCAGAUAUUUCCGUUGACCGGUACACCGGUAGUGGCCACUGUACUGUCUGGCGUGGCGUCCGCAGUAGCUGCACUUGUUAUUAAUUUGGACACGCUUAUCGAAAUGAUGUCUAUUGGCACGUUGUUUGCCUACACUCUAGUGUCGACGUGCGUGCUGAUACUCCGGUACCAGCCGCAGACAUCCACCGUAAUACACUUCUUCCCAGAGACGAUACGAUCACCCAUGAACGCGCCCAAACAGAUCGUCACCAAUGGACGGGUGGUGCAGGAUGACCAAAAAUACGCGUACACAAAUCAGGGAUACGGUAACCAGACGUCGUUUUACCAGACACAGUUGCCGCUACCGCAGCAAAUCAUACCGUCGCACCAGUCGCAGAGGAUCAUGGUCCGAAAGGUGACGAGAAGUUCACCGGAUUCGGAUGACACGUACUUCGGAGACGACUCCGAAGAGGGGCGCGACGAUCAAUACCUGGUUUCGGACAGGUGUGAGAGCAAAUUCUAUGGUUCCGUGCAUGGGGGAUCGACUGCUGGAUCGACGGCCGCACCAGGAGGAUUCAGCGCGGCCAGCGCCAACAUCACUAGAUCCAUUAAGGCUGCCACGUACCUGUGCCCAGCCAUAUUCCCGUGGGUAGAUAUGGGACCGGCCACCGAGGAGAGCGGAAUGGUGGUGCUAAAACUGGUCGGCGUGUUUUACGUGCUCAUCAUCGUAUUCGACGUGCUGCUGGUAUUCGUGUCUUCCGAAUCGUCAACUUUCGUCUACGUCCUAUUGUACACCUUGCUGAUAGCCGUGAUCAUCGUGCUGGGAGCCAUAUCCCGUAAGCCACAGAACAAACAAAUACUCGUCUUCAAAACACCAUGGGUUCCAUUCGUACCGUCAUUCUCAAUUGCCGUCAAUUUGUACUUGAUAUUUCAGCUGAGCUCAAUGACUUUACUUCGAAUAAUCGUCUGGGUUUCAAUUGGUCUAUUUGUUUACUUCUAUUACGGUAUAAAGCAUAGCACGUUGGAACCACGGGUGGACGAGGAUGAGAGAAUUGAACUGAAAAUGAAAUCGCAAACGACGACAUUGACAAAACCACAAAAUAAUCGACCGCAAGCCGCGGCUUCGGCGAAGACUUCCGCUAACACCACCUCCACUUCUACCACUACUUCCGCCAGCGUCAGUUCUACUGCGGCUUGUUCCACUGCAGCAGUGGUCGACGAGAAGACCGAACCGAAAAGGCCUACUAACUUAGAACCGCUACCCGCCAACAAGGACAGUAAUUUGUUUGUGUCACCGUCCGCAUUCCCGAAGUGGGAAGACUAGAUUGACUGACCAAAAAAUUCAAAAUUCAAAAAAAAAAAAAUUAAAUUAAAAAUAAUAAACGUUUUGUCGACUCGACACCGAGACUUCAAUAACGUUGUGUGUAAAUAGGGAUGUAAAAAAAAAAUAACAAUAAUAAUAACUACUUAUAAACUUAUAAUUAUAUUAUUACGGUUACAAAAUCAAUUCUUUGGGCUACCAAAAUGACUAUAAUACACUAUACUAUUAUGUUAUUUAUAACACGUUUAAUACGCGUGAUGUUUUUAAUAUAUUCUAUUACCUAGCUACUAUUAUCGAUAUUAUAUAAUAUAUUUUAACUGUGAAACAUAAAAAAAUGUCCUGUAUUAACGGACGAAUUGGAUCGAAAAAGUUUUGAACUAUUUGAGCUAUUCUCAUCACAUCGUCGGGGCUCGUAUAUUGGUAUGCAUUCAAAAGUAUGAUUCAGUACGCCGUUAAUUUAUUUUUGAACUCGCGUCCAAUCAUGUCUCUCGUGGCGAUUAACAUUAACUUAACUCCAUUAUAUACUAAUUCCUUUAUAAUUACGCACACCGUCAUAGCGUAUGUAAAAGCUAUUACCUGCCCACCCACCCCUUCAAUUGUCGUUCUUCAGUUUUUUUUCUUGUUUCGUCUCAAACGUAUAACUAAAAUUAUAAUAAUUCAAUAUUCGUUGCCUUUGCGAGUCUGCGUAUUAGUGAUAUUCUUAGUCGAAAUUCGCUACGACAAAUGAUAGUAAAUUAUGUUGGCAAUUAUUAUGAGCACAAGUUAAAAUGGUUUCUCUCGUUUUUACGGUUAAAUUGAGCCACAUGGUUCGAAAAGUUUACAAAAUGCAUUCGUGACACGAAUAUUACUACACACACCGAUGAUCUCUCUAUUCUUUAUCGAUUUUAAUUCGUUUACUAUGUUCAUUAUUGUUCAAAACUCACAUAUUAUAAUAAGAUUACCAGUUGACUAUAAUAUAGUAUUAUAUUAUACAAAAUAUUUCGUUGUAACUCGCGAUAACAGUAAAAACAUUUGUUUAUUUCAAUUUUCAAAUUAUAAAAAAAAAAAAAAAAAAGUAACUGUAGUAACUAACUACUCGUAUAUCUGCAGAUCGCUCGACAUUACGCGGAUAUCGUUCUGUAGCUAAACGUAUACGAUAUCGUUACGCUGUCCCUUGGAUUAAAAUAUACAACUGAGGUGGACAAACUUUGCCUAUAUCUACCCGCCUACCUAUAACUGACAAAUCAAUAAUAUAUUUUCAACACGUUUAAAUAAACCGUCGACAAUUCAAAUGUUCGACAAUGGUCGUUUUCGUUUGAUGAAGGAUUUCUAUCUAUAUUAUAUACGCACUCGAACGAGAAGCAGUAAGGCAUGCCUAUACGCUCAAUAUAAUAUGAGUGUGUACGUGUAUGGUAUUGAUUAAUAUUAAAACGCAAAAAGCUUUUCAGUUGUCUUUUUUUAAUUGUUUGACGUACUAUAAUUCAUAUUUUAUAUCGGGCCCUGACAUCCGGUUACGUUAUUUCGUCCCUAUUAUAUUCAGUUAUAAUAUUUUAUUGGAAGGCUGCCGAUUUCGUCGAAAAAAUCCUCCUCUUGGUCCACAUCGUAUCCACAACGGUAUUGCAGGUGAACUUAUGUAAUCCCGAAAUCGUUUUCAAAUAGCCAAUGGUUUCUCCCGUAGGUUGGACAUAAUAUUAUAUUAAAUUAACAUAUUACAUUAUGGUUUAUAUAAAAAUAUAUAUAUAUAUAUAUAUAAUAUAUACAUUUUUAUUAUAUAUGUUAACAAAACAAUAUUUGUUUGUUUUAUUGUUGUGGCAAGACUGGUUUUAUCGAAUUGUAACGUAAAAUAAUUUGAAAUGUUUUAAAUUUGUUAAAUAAUUAUUAUGUUAGUAUUUGAUUGGAUAUAAUUAUAGAAGUCCUUUUUUUCAAUGGUCGUCAGCAAUAGAAAAAUAGACGGAGAAUAAGAGAUUAUCAUUUCGUGUCUACACGAUGAGAAAUUGUAUAAUAUUAUAAAAUUAUAAGCGGGGAUAUAAGUGGGAUAUGUUAUAAGCAGGAAAUCCACGUAAAUUAGUCGAAAGGUCGACAACAAAGACCACACCCCAUCGCAAGUGGUUUGGGCUAUAAAGUCACUGUUGGAAUAAUUUCUCUUCGUUGUCUGUUGGCGACCAAAUUAUAUUAUACUCCUAACUUAGAUAUUAAAUAAAUAUAUUAAUUAUAGUGGUUUUUCCUAUUAGUACGUGAACAGGUAAUAUGUAUAUUUUGAAACUUACAUUACAUUAUAAACUUACUAUUUACUUCAUAAAUUCUUAGUAAUAUAUUAUAGAGCGUGUUUAAGUAUUACUCAUAGUCCCUAGAAUGUUAGUAUAUUAUAUGAUACGCUUUCAAAAUUGACGUUGUUGCGCAAAAGGUUCAAAUCUUCAUCUACAAUUAUUAUUAUUAUGAAACACAACAUUGUAUAUGCUGUAUAUUAUAAUAAUUAUCUAUAAAAUUGAAAUAUUAUAUUAUUGUAACGGAAAUCAUUGCAUUUUUUUCUUAAA